UUGAAGGGAAGAGCUAUGUUUUCAGCAUUCAGAUAUUGUGCCAUAGACUAUUUGCAUGAGAACACAGUUAAAGAACAGCUUUACAGACAUGCUUUAUUGCUUCAAAUCCCUUCAUGUUUAAGUCAAGAUAAAAGUUUUAUUGAUGAUAAAUAUAGGAGUCCUUGGACAAGAGCUAUUCCAGUUCCAGAAAUGACAGAUCAUUCAGUCUUGGAUCAGUGGACAACAAGUUUCUGUGUGGAGGAUUUUCCUGAGAAAAAGACAGUUACAGGAAUGAUGAUUAAUGGUACAUUUGAGGAAAUUGUUCCAAGUUCCAAUCCGAACUCUCCAACUGGAAUAGAGACUGUCAACCCACACCCCAGUGAGGACUACAGAGACGACUUCAUUCGAACCCAGUGCUCCCCACACCACCCAGACGUGAAAGCAGAGCUCCAAGGAUUACUUAUUGAUGAGGAAAUGAUUUUUAUAACUAAAGCAAUGAAUAAUCAUCUGCCAACUGUGGAUACUCUCUUGAGCAGACUGAAGCUCUAUCUGGUGAAGGAUCCGCUUUUAGAUUUCAAAGAACAGCUCUCCAGGAAGGAUGAUUUCACGGAGUGUUUCUCUGUUCAGGAGCGUUCGGAACCUUUUGUGAGAGAUUUCCAUAUGGCCGAGGAGACCUUUUGUAAGAAGAAACUAUCAUCAGUUCUUCCUUCUAAGUUUAAAUUCUUAAGACCUACAAACCCCAAACGGGAAAUUCCUGCUCUACCACCAUCAGAACUGAAGGAGUCAUUAAACUCAAUACCCGAAGUAACGACUUAUGUAGAUGAAAGUGAACAACUUUUCAAAAGAGAUCUGAUCACCAAGCCUGAACUUGGUGCCAGGGAUAUAAAAUGCAGCCCCACAGCAAGCCCUUGGGAGCCUGACUGCAGUGAACCAGGUGAAUUAGAAACAUCACCAACCCAUCUAAGCUUACCAAGGCAACAGUCAUCAGUGAGUUUAUUACGUGCAGGAUUUCAGACAUUUCCAUUUUCUGCUGUGUGUAAAAUUGACUUGCUUAGUGCUGGAGAAUCGGCUAAUAAAUAUUGUAUGAUGUGGCAGUUGGGAAGCUGCAGAGACUCUUGGGUCUCGUUCUUGCUCACAGUUCCAAGAUUUCAAGAGCCCAGCAGUCAGUAUUCACUUGCAGACAUGAGGAAUAUCUUUUCCAUCAAAGGAGACAGCCUUGUGGUUAACCUGGCAAAAGCAAAGGGGUGGAGAAAAGCAAGACUAAAUCCAAUAAUGGCCCAAACUUUGGAGCAUCUGAAGGCGUAUUUGUGUCACAAUGGUCUGUCUUUUAAGGAGACUAAGCUGGAGAUCUUUCUGCCUACAAAAGCACUUCAGCUGGAAUCCUGGCUAGAACAUAAGAGUUGUCCCUCUAGUCCCUCGCCUAUCAGCGAGAAACCCACACAUGUUCGCAGAGUACGUCCACAGAAGAGACCAUCUUCAGAAAAGGAAGUGCCACGUCUUUGUUUCUCUGGUGAAUGUGUCUCUGUUAAAAAACCCAAAAGAGAAGACAAUACAGAGAACAACCAAGAACUAGCUGCCGAAUUACCGCAGAAGACCGACGACAGUUGUGCUGGAUUUGGUAACCCUGUGCCAUCUGUGGAAUCGGCUUCUUCUUCACGGAUCAAGGCGUCUUACGAUAAAAAACAGGAUGAUUUGGAUCUUUUGAGCGAGUUUAUUAUUCUGAGAAGUAAACACAAGACUUUCACUUCAGAUGCUGACGUCACAGGCCGUGACCAAAACAAUGAAAUUCAAGAUAAAGAAAAACGUUCUUUGACUCUUCAAGAAGAAAGUCCUGUUGUUCUUAAUAAUAAAGCUCCAGAGGAAAGAAGACAAGAAAGAGCAGAUGAUGUCAUCGAGGUUCAAGCCUCAGACGACCAGUGCCAAGCAUACUGUCUCUUAGAAGCAGCAGCCACUCCUGUCUUAAAAGAGCUUGUGUGCCUCUGUACAUACCCUGCUGCUAACUGGAAAUUUGCCACUGUCAUUUUUGACCAAACAAGAUUCUUCCUAAAGGAACAAGAAAAAAUAAUAAAUGAUGCUAUUUACCAAGGUAAAAAUGAUGACAGAGAAAUGACGUUCAAGCAUGCUGCCCUCUUGCAUCUCCUGGUAACAAUUAGAGAUGUCCUGUUAGCAUGCAGCCUGGAUGCAGCAUUAGGAUAUUUGUCAAAGGCAAAGGAGCUCUACAAAAGCAUCUUAAACUCCUGUUUGGACAACAUUUGGAGACAGCUGAAAAUUUUACAGUUUAUUAAGGAAAAAAGGCCUAACACCAACUAUAAGAUUCAAGAAUUGCAAUGUCAGAUACUAAGCAGGUUGCAAAGACAACAACAAAUGAAGGUACUGAUUAUAAUAAGAAUGGAUUCAGAUGGAGAAAAGCAUUUGCUUAUUAAAACCCUUAAGAAAAUAGAAGGUUUAACAAUGACUCUUUUACCUACAAAUGAGAGAAAAGAUUUUCUGGAAACUACUGGUGUUUUAAAAGGGGCCCCAUCCUGUGUGGUUGUGCAUAAUCACAGGAUCGGCGCAGAUUUUCCCUGGAGCAGCUUCUCACUCGUGGUGGAGUACAACCAUGUGGGACACUCAUGCUGGGCCAAGCACUGCCAGCAGUUGAACAUACCUUUCCUGGCCUUUAAAACCGUGCUUCCAGACACAGCUCUGAAGGGAAACACCUUGCUGGAUCCAUUUGGUGGGUUCCUCCUGGAAAUCCCAAUUCCUUAUGUCUUUUUUGCAUCUGAAGGACUUCUUAAUGCUCCAGAAAUACUCCGGCUGCUGGAGUCUAACUAUAACAUCACACUAGUGGAGAGGCGCUGCUCUGCGUCACUGAAACUCUUCGGAAGUGUGGAGCGUUACAUCGUGGUGACGGUGGAUGAGCACACCGCUGUAGUUGUGCAGGACUUAGAAGAAUUACAUUAUGAGAAGGCGUCAGACAAUGUCAUUAUGAGACUAAUGGCGUUGUCGUUCCAGUACAGCUGUUGUUGGAUAAUACUGUAUUCCAGGGAAGCACUGAGUUCAGAGUACCAACUCACAGAAAAGACACUUCAUCACCUCGCACAGAUCUAUUCAGCCUUGGUUUCCUCUGCUCUUAGUUCUGAAGAACUGGAUGUAAAGCUUAUAAUUGCCCCAGGAGUGGAAGAGACUGCUUUACUGAUUCGGCAGAUUGCAGACCACAAUUUAAUGACAUCAAAAAGAGACCCUCAUGAGUGGCUGGAUAAAUCCUGGGUUGGCGUUUCACCGUCUAAGGAAGAAAUGAGCCUGCUGGACUUCCCUUGUGUUAACCCACUGGUGGCUCAGCUCAUGCUGCACAGAGCUCCUUCCCUGCACUGGCUGCUGAUAGCAACCCCUGCUGAGCUUCAGGAGCUCCUACCCCAGGUUCCAGACAAAGUACUGAAGCAUUUUUGUAGCAUCACUUCCUUGUUCAAGAUUAGUUCUUCCUCCGUGACAAAGUCAUCUCCACUUUCAUCGCUUCAGGAAGAUAUGAAUCAAACUAGUCCCUUAAUUUCUCAGAGUUCAGCUCCUAUCAUUCCAGAGCAUGAUGAAUCUUAUCCCUGUGAAGACUCAGGGCAGACAGUGCUGGAAGGCACAAGCGCUUCUCCUCUGGAGCCAAGAGACACGCUGUACAUGUUGCCAUCUGUAGCCCCCCACAGCCAGAGCAGCUACUGGGAAGAUGCCAGUCGUAGCCCUUUUCUAAUUAAUACAGAAUCAAAGAAAGUGAGGUGGCACGCCUUCCCAAGCCAGAGUGACUCAGAGUCAGAUGUCUUUUCUUUGGGCCUAACACAAAUAAGUUGUGAACCCAAAAUGUCACUGACUGAUACUCAGAGCAGAGUUACUCAUAAUUUUGUAAAUUAUUCUGAAGCAAAAGGAACCAGAAAUAUGCAAAUGUCCACCCCAGUCUUUUUACCAGAGGGCUCUCAAUCCCACCUUCAUUGGGACUUUAAGAAAAACAGUUGUAGAGAACAGAUUCACUCAUUCAAGUCAAGCUGUGGAGCAGAACAGAGUACCCACAACAAAUGGUUCUCUCAGGAAGAUGGCUUCUGCAGGCAUCAGCCAGAGCAUCUGCCGGGUGAGCUGGAAGACUUCACAUACAGAAACUCAAACGCUGGGACUGGGGAGAGCUUUUGGAGAGAACUGCCACCUGCUCCCGGGUGGGAUCCGUCCCCUGCUUCUGGCUCUAAUGUAAAUCCCAGAGGACUCGAUGGCCUUAAUUUCUACCAAGGAGCCGGAAACCACGUAGGACAGAGGAGGCUCCCUGUCUCUUCAUCUACUUGGAGAGAUUAUGAAGCACCGACAGGCUUACUGUACUCACAAGUACCACAGCCCAAAAAACGACGUCUACUGUAUGAGAAAAUCCCUGGCAGAAUGGAUGGACAAACCCGGCUGAGGUUUUUAUGA